AUGUCAGACUUGUGGCCAGGGGAGAGAGGUACCAUUGAAGCCAAAGCUAACAUCAAUGUCAGUGAAGAUGUUGCAGCUCUCCGUAAAGCAAUUGAAGGCAUAGGUACAACUGACAAGACACUGAUAGACAUACUGACUCACAGGAGCAGCAGUCAGAAACAGGCUGUUUCAAAGGCAUAUGAAGAAACCACAAAGAGGAUUCUUGUUAAUGACCUAAAAGGUGAUACCCAGGGCAGCUUAGAGGACCUGCUUGUUGCGCUCGCAAGACCGCCUGCAGUUAAUGAUGCUAAAUGGCUAAAUAAAGCAAUCAAAGGGGCUGGAACGGACAUCAACAUCCUGAUAGAAAUACUUGCCUCACGGACAAAUAAACAAAUCAAGGAGCUGUCUGCAGCAUAUGCUGAGAAAACUAAGAAAACACCGAUGCAGAAGCUAAAGACAGAAGUUUCAGGGGAUUUUGGCAAAGCCAUCCUUCUGCUUGCUGAGGGUGCGAGGGAUGAAAGCACCAAUGUGAAUGCAGACAAGGCUAGAGAGGAUGCAAAGGCCCUCUAUCAUGCAGGCGAGAAGAAACUGGGAACUGAUGAGUCCAAGUUCAUCGAGAUCCUCUGUAAAAGGAGCAUUCCUCACCUGAGACAAACAAUAUUGGAAUAUAAAAACAUCAGUGGCAAGACUUUGCAGAAGAGCAUUGAGAAGGAAAUAUCUGGAGAUCUGGAGGAACUGCUGGUUGCCAUUGUAAAGUGUGUGAUGAGUACUCCUGCAUACUUUGCUGAAAAACUCUACAAAAGCAUGAAGGGAGCAGGUACAGAUGAAACCACUCUGACCAGAGUAAUGGUCAGCCGUGGAGAGGUUGACAUGCUGGACAUCAGAGCUGAAUUCAAGAAGCUCUAUCAGCGUUCACUCUACAAGGAAAUAAGUUCAGAUGUAUCUGGCAGCUACGGCGACUGCUUGAAGAUGAUUUGUGGAGAAGACUAGCCUGUUUACAAAAGAAC